UUUUUGAAGAAAAUUUUAAAGCCCGAAUCGAACGAAUGUACGCCCGGAAUAUACAGAAAAUGGAGUGGCCUACAACUGGGACUUUGUGGCUGCUGCUGGUUGUCGCAAUUGCCGCCGAAAGCGUCGCUGCUAUUAGCUCGGAGGACGACUCCUCAUCUAAUGUCGAGAAGAUUUUUCAGGGCCCAGACCCCACCUCGCAGGAGGAGAUCAGGAAGCGCUUGGGCCUGCUUGUCGAUCUCAUGGAUGGGGACAGCAAUGGGAUGGUGACGUUGGCAGAGCUGAAGGAUUGGAUCGCCCAAGCAUCGCGACGGUACAUCGAGAAUGAUGUGGCACGCCUCUGGAAGCGUCUGAAUCCGGAGAACAAUGGCAACGUCACCUGGAACGUGUACCAAAGUACCAUCUACGGUUAUGACUUGACUGGCUACAGGAGCCUGAUAAACCGCGAUCGCCGCCGCUGGAAAGUGGCCGAUAGGGAUCGCGACGAUAGCCUAUCCCACGAGGAGUUCUCGGCCUUCCUCCACUCCGAGGACCAUACCGUCAUGCGUGAUGUUGUCCUCAAGGAGAUGUUCGAUGACCUGGACCUAGACCACGAUGGCAGAAUCUCCCUGGCCGAGUAUGUGCUCGACAUGUACCAGUCGGAAUCACCCGAUGAGGAGACACCCGAGUGGGUGGGCGAAGAGCGUGAUGUGUUCGGCAAGUUCCUCGAUCUGGAUGGCGAUGGGUUUCUCAGCGAGGCGGAGGCGCGCCAGUGGAUAGCCCCCCAUGGCCCGGGCCAGACCGAUGGCCAGGCCCUGCGUCUGUUCUUGGCGGCCGAUGCGGACGGGGAUGAGCAGCUGACCAAGGCGGAAAUCCUGGACAAGUACAACAACUUUUUGAGCUCCGCGGCCACCGAGUAUGGCGGCUCCUUGAUGCGGCAUGACGAGUUGUAG